AGGAGGGGUGCCGUGUGCAGACCGCGUGUGGCGCAGAGGAGAGAGGAGGGAUCGAAAACAAACAGGCAGAGUCCCGUCGCGAGGUGUAGUAGGGUGUCCAGUCGUCAUUGUGGUGAUGAGCAGUAACGAGUGUUUUGGCUGUGGCCGUACCGGGCACUGGAUCAAGAACUGUCCCAACGCCGGCAGAGGAAGGGGCAAAGGUCGCGGACGGGGUAAAGAUUUGUUCUGCUAUCGAUGUGGAGAGCCAGGCCAUGUCGCCCGGGACUGUGAGCGGACUGAGGACGCCUGUUAUAACUGUGGCCGAGGGGGGCACAUCUCUAGAGACUGUAAGGAGCCCAAGAAGGAGCGGGAACAGGUGUGUUAUACCUGUGGGAAGGCGGGGCAUGUGGCCCGGGACUGUGAUCACGCCAAUGAGCAGAAGUGUUACUCCUGUGGUGGCUUUGGACACAUCCAGAAAGGCUGUGAGAAGGUCAAGUGCUACAGAUGUGGGGAGAUUGGCCAUGUUGCCGUCCACUGCAGCAAGGCAUCUGAGGUGAACUGCUACAACUGUGGGAAGUCUGGUCAUCUGGCCAAGGAGUGCACCAUCGAGGCCACAGCCUAGACCAUACCCCCACCCCACCCCCACCCGCUCUCAUUCAUGCUGUUCUUUCUUUUUUUUCUUCAAUUUUCUCUUUUCCUCCUUUUUCAUUGGUCCAGAGGCCUGCCUGUCAGCCUUGGACCAGCCAGUCAGAGCAGAUGGAAGGAGGCAAGGGGGUGGACACUUAAAAACAAAACAAUGUUCUUUGUUCUGCAUUUAUAAAAUGAAACCGGAGUUUGUGUUUUUAGUUUGGUCUUGUCGUCAUGAUGUAUAAAGCUUUGUUUAAGAGCCCCCUCUGCCCAGCCGUUUGGCUGGGAGAGUACAGUGAAUUGUUAAGCCCCUCCCACUGACUAUAAAGGGGCGGGAUCACAAGAGGAGGGGCACAAAAGUAAGUGAUGGAAGUUUUUAUCUUCCAAUAAGCUGAUUAACUUUAUUUUUUGCCUUUUUUUCGGGACAAAAUGGAGUUUGUCUGAGAGAGAUCUGGUCGGCCUGCCUCCUGGCUGGCUGGCAGCAGCCAGUCACUUUGAAGGAUGACCAGUCUGUCGUCACACUAAGAACAAGCCAGCCAAUAAAAGCAGGUCACAGUAGAUGGUUUGACAAACUUAAAGGUUGAUAUUAAUUCAUAUCUUAAAGGUGCAUUUUGUUUUUGUACAGUUCAGCCGAUGGUGUCUCAGUGCAGCUCAUGGUAAAACUCAAAGUUUGGAGAGUUUAUAGCUGUCCAGUGCUGUGGAGUCUGGACGCAGAGCAGGGCAGACUGGCAGACCAGAAAAGACAAAAAAGUUAAUACAAAAACAAUUUUAAGUUUGGAUAAAGAAGAAUGUUUUGACAAAAAAAAAAUAAAAUAAAAAAAAAUCAAAGUGUUAUUUUUGUACAAUAUAUCACUUAGAACUACUGUAAAAAUCUCCUUUUGCUUGUACUGGGUCUUAACGGUAGGGGCAAGCUGCAGACUAGAGGGUAGAGCUGAAUUUAAACCUGACAAUAAACGUGGAGGCGACGGGGACUGGACUGGA